AUGUUUGGAAUUGGUCGUUCAACAUCUGCUGGUCCAGCAGGCAAUACUGGGGGUGGUUUGUUUGGAAACAACAACCAAGGGGGUAAUACUGGAUUCAUGAAUAACAACAACAAUAAUACUCAAGGUCAAGCUCCCGGGGGAUUGUUUGGUAAUAAUCAACAGAAUUCUGCCGCUGGAAGUUUGUUUGGCAAACCAGCCGGAGCAACAACGAAUACUAGCGGAGGACUAUUUGGGAACAAUAACAAUGCUACACAAACGGGCACGAACACUGGGGGAUUGUUUGGAAAUAAUAACAAUAGUUUGGGUACGAACACUGGUGGUGGAGGAUUGUUUGGGAAUAACAAUGCUUCAUCGAACGUAGGAGGAAACACAGGAGGACUAUUUGGGAAUACAACACAAAACAACAACAAUGCUGGCACAGGCGGAGGUUUGUUUGGUAAUACAGCUCAAAAUAACGGGACUAGCGGUGCUCCUGGGGGACUCUUUGGUAACAACAAUGCAUCUACAAAUACAGGUACCGGUGGAGGAUUGUUUGGUAACAACAACACAACUGCAACGACUGGAGGAACGACUGGAGGAUUGUUUGGGAACAAAAACACAUCCACAAAUACAGGAGGUCUAUUCGGAAGCAAUAACAACACAAACAUGAACGCAGGGACCACAGGAGGAUUAUUUGGGAACAACAGCACCUCAACUAACAAUGCAGGCAACACCGGAGGAUUAUUCGGGAAUAAAAAUGCAACCUCAAAUCUGGGAGGUACCACUGGAGGUCUCUUUGGAGCUCAAUCUACUCAACCCAGUGGAGGAUUAUUUGGAAGUAAACCUGCCCAGACAGGUAGCAGUUUGUUCGGAAACACAAAUAACAACAAUGCUGGAUCUUUGGGGACAAGUACUGGUGGACUAUUUGGUUCCAAGCCUACUACUGGGGGUCUAUUUGGAAACCAGCAGCAACAACAACAACCACAAACUGGAGGCAUGAGUCUAUUUGGUAACCAACAACAAUCACAAUUACAACAACCCCAACAAAGUGCCAUAAACUACAUUAAUCAAUUGGCUGUCACUCCAAUGACUAAAAUAUCUGAACUUCCUAUUCAAGUACGCCAGGAAAUCGAACAACUAGAUCAAUUCAUCAGCACUCAGGUGUCUUUGUCGAAACAUCUCAAUGCAGAUCUACAGGACCAUACAGAGCUUUUGGAAUCGAUUCCAAGGGAUGUCAAGUACCUACAAAAACUGCAUUUCAAUGCUACCAGAUCCUUGUCGUCUGACCUAAAGAAGAUCGAUGCCAUCAAAUCACUAGUAGACAAAGACGUGACACAGUUGGAAAACUUCGCUAUAAUGCUGCAACAGCUUGUGACAAAAGGUUUCAAAAUCUCAAAUGUUGAGAUAGACAAAUUCUUCCAGGAGAAAUUAAUCGUUUACAAGAACAAGUUGAACGAUUACAAUGACACACUAAGCAACAUUGACAAUGCAGUCGCGGGACUCGAAAAUGACAUGUUCGGUAAUGAUUCUACUGAAGACGAUGAUACUAAAGUUGGUGUAAAUAUCAUAGUGAGCGUGUUAAUGGAAGAGUUUAAGCUCUUUAUGGACACCGCUGAAAGAAUAGCAGAGCUGCAUCAAAAAUGCAAAGAAAUAGUUGUUAAAUAG